AUGGUCUCUAAGCUUGACGCGAAGCAAUUCAAGAAACACAACAGAGAUACAUUCAUCAAUGCAGUUGAAACCUUACAAGACUGUUUGAAACCUGUGACACUAGUCGUCCAAGAAAGCAUUUUGCCAAUUUUAGACAGUUUGUUCACAUUCAGCCAAUUGAAAACUGCUACCCAAAUUGAGAAUGUUGUAAAAUGUGAUGACGAGGCUGCCAAUGUUCUUCAGUCAUUAAAAGAAGAUACAACAUUGAUAUAUCUGGUUGAUGUACGAACAGAACUCAACAUUAAUGACAUAAUUUUGAACACGAUAAAUGAGCUUCAGAUAUCUAAACCUAAUGUGAUUUCAGUUACAUACAAUGACAGAAGUGAAGAAUUGGGGCUGGUACGAGAUUAUCUGCGAGAACUUGUUAGAGUGCCGCUAACAUUGGUUAAGUGGCAUGUGCUACCUACAGAAAGUUUGGAUGAAAACAUAUUGGACUGCAAGUUGUUAUUGACUUCAGAGGGAAUCAACAUGUAUUAUCCGUCAGAUCCGUAUUUUAGAAGUGCAUCUAUCAAUAUUCUUCUUGAUAACCUAUCGAAUGUUUUACUGUCAAUUCUUGACAAAGAGAACAUCACAAUUUCGAAAAGUUUAGCAUUAGGAGAUAAUAGCAGGCGGUUAGUGGAUAUUGUGAAACAACGGAUGGCUAUUAGAGAUACUGCCGAGACCCAGUUUAUUAAAAACGCCAAAUUUGGGAAAUUAAAAUCAGGGGAAAGGAACGACCUCAUUGUGUUUGAACGAAGUGUCGAUACCAUUACUCCAAUGAUGGCAGAUCUAACAUAUUCAGGAAUCUUGUCUGAAGUGGAUCAGAUAUCAAACGUUCCAAAGGAUGGAGGCAUAUGGGACCUGUUGAAGUUUUUAAAUUUUGGUGCGGUCGGUUCCAAUCUCAACACACUAGCCAAAGAUCUUCAAUCUCAAUACGAGUCACGCCACGCUGCAAAUACGAUAUCCGAAAUCAAAAACUUUGUAGACAACCUUGGUGAUCUACAGAACAGGCAAGCAUUAUUAAAGCAACAUACAGUACAAAGUUCAGAGUUAAUGGAAUAUCUAAAGGAUACAGAUUUUAAGGAUAAAAUUGACUUCGAACAUGGGGUUUAUGCAGAUCUGUUAGAUUAUUCUACCAUAGUCAAUACAAUAACUGAAAUGAUGUGUUUUGACAAAAGUGAACUCAGCAUCCUUCGGCUAUGUUGUUUAUUUUCACAAAUAAAACAUGGGAUCAGGGAGAAGGAGUUCAAUUUGUUGCGUCAGGAAUUGGUGGAUACAUUUGGAAACGAGAUGAUAUUUAAACUGAAUACUUUGGACAGAUAUAGACUAUUCUCAAAAAAACAUACUGAUGGAUUGAAAAAUUAUCAACUUAUAUGUAAGUCUUUCGAUACUAUACCAGAUGUUGACAUAGAACCUACAAAACCUCGAGAUAUGAAUUAUGCUUUUUCUGGAGUCGUUCCUAUAGUGUCAAGACUACUACAGUCAAUGUUUGAUAGAAGUGUAUUUGUGAAGAAUAAUAAUUCAAUCUUGCAAUCAUUUAUCCAUUCAAGAGAGCCAACUUUGGACAAACUGGAGCCAUUAAUGAAAGAGUCACAAAUACCCCUGGAUGAAAGGCACUGGGUUAAAACCGAGGGAAAGAUAAUCGGAGACGUAAAAGAUGAAUCUGAUCUAACGUUCUUAAUUUUCAUUGGAGGAAUUACCCAUGGUGAGAUAUCUACCAUCAACUAUUUAAAGGAAAAACUACGAGCCAAGAAGAUAAGGAAAGAGUUCAUCAUUAUUACCGAUGGAAUCAUCACCGGUAACGACAUUUUUUCCUCAUCUGGCAUUCAAACAUCUAAGAAGAAAAAUGUCUUGACGGAACAGUUAGGCGACACCUUGAUAAGUCAAAAUCAAGGAAAAUAG